AUGUUCUUCAAGAGUGUUGUGCUGGGCGGCUUGCUCGCUGCUGGACACGCAGCUGCCCUCAAGCUUGGCGAUGUUAACGGCGUGUUGCGACGAGGCGAGGAUCUGGAGGAGGUACUUCGGCGGGACGCUGGGCUUCUCGCCACUCUCACGCAACGACAAGAUGCAAACGCCGCAGACACCGCCCCUUUAGCUGCAUUGACACCGGCGUCUGGGGAUGCAUCGAAAGCGGAUCUGCAGAAGUGGGAGGAACAGACGCGAGCAGCAUGCAUGAAGACACUGGGAAACCUCAACGGCCAAGCCUCGAAUCCAAGUGGUAUUGCCGUCUGCUACAACGUGCCUUUCCUCGACAAGUCGACCGGUGUCUUCCAAGCCGAGCUCCGAAUGUACAAUGUCUCGGCGCCUGUCGACCCUUGGCAGAGCGUCACUGCUGCCGAAGUCAGUAUGACAUUAUCGUAUCUUGGUGCUACGGUACAGGCCAUGAACAUGAACAAUACGAAGCGGGAGGUCAGCGAAGAACGAGCACGCGCUAGGUGGAGCGACGGAACAUUGGUCAAGCGACAGACAAUUUCCGGCAUGGUCGAAUUGAAGACGCUUAUGUAUGUUGGCAAGAUCAACUCCAAUCUGAUGGGCCCGGCUAUGACACAAGAAGCUCUUCAGCCGCUGCUCGUCCCUCAAAUCGACCUUGCUGCGCGGAACCCUUCCACCAACGCAGACGUCACCACCACGCUCUCUAACAAGGAGGCGAGUUUCGUCAACGGCGUCUUUGCUCAAAAAGCCGAUGCAAACGCACCCUCGAACGCUGAUCCCACCGCCGCAGCAGCAGCUACUUCUGCUGCGUUUCUGGCUGCUCCCUUCGUCGUGCCUGGCACCGCUCUCGCCUUCUUCCCUAUCGGCUUGCUUGUAACAGGUAUCUGGUCCGUGUUCUUUAUCCUCUCAGUUGGCUUGGGCACAUACGGUCGCAUUCAGUUCCGCGACCAGUAUAGGAGACGCAUGAACGCCGAGAAGGCCAGAGGCGUGCGCACAAUCUAA